AAUACUUUAGCUGUACUUUCAUCUUUAUAACGAUUUGAGCUCAAGGUCGUGGUGGUAGUUAAACAUUUACACCGAAAGACAUUCUUCUCAAGCUUUCCCGUGUAGUACUGUCACUACAAUGAAUCCAAAUGCUUUUGAAUUUUAAAUGAUGAUAUUGUGUGUCUUAGGAAGUAUAUGAUCUAUUACUAAUUUGAAUUUAUUCUGGCAUGGUUCAUGAAAGUCAAGGACCUCAUAAAUCAACUCUUAUUGAACAAACGGUAAAAGGAGCCAUAGCAGGUGGAGUCACUGGAGCAAUUGAGAUUUGCAUCACUUUCCCGACUGAAUAUGUUAAGACACAAUUACAACUUGACGAACGUAUGGGUAGUGCCAGACAAUAUUCGGGACCCAUCGACUGUGUGAAGAAGACAGUAGGAUCUUAUGGUUUUCGUGGUUUGUAUCGAGGUUUACCUGUUCUCCUAUAUGGCUCUGUUCCCAAGUCGGCUGUUAGAUUUGGAGCAUUUGAAGAGUUUAAACGUCAUAAUUUAUCUCCAGAUGGGACUCUAACAGCUGGAAGAAAACUUUUAUGUGGUUUAGGCGCAGGGGUUUGUGAAGCUAUAAUGGUAGUUACUCCGAUGGAAACCAUCAAAGUGAAAUUUAUUAAUGAUCAAACAUCUAAAAAUCCACAUUAUCGUGGUUUUUUCCAUGGCUGUGGCUGUAUCAUCAAAGAACAUGGGAUUACUGGUAUGUACAAAGGUGUAACACCGACAAUUCUGAAACAAGGAAGUAAUCAAGCCAUUCGUUUCUUUGUAAUGGAAACUUUGAAGGAUGGUUAUCGACAGUAUCGAGGUGACAAAACUACUGGACUACCUGUCCCAAAAUUACUAACUGGAUUAUUUGGGAUUAUUGCUGGUGCAGCAUCCGUCUAUGGAAACACACCUCUGGAUGUUGUCAAAACUCGAAUGCAGGGCCUUGAUGCACAUAAGUAUAAAAAUACACUUCAUUGCGCUUGGAAAAUAUGGACCGAAGAAGGCUUUUUUGCUUUCUAUAAAGGUACUGUACCUAGACUAGGUCGUGUCUGUUUAGAUGUUUGUAUCAGUUUCAUGAUUUAUGAUUCAUUUAUGGAGAGUUUUCACAAAGUAUGGGACACAAAGAAAUCUUAAAAUAUUUUCAUUUUUAUGCAUUUAUACUAUUCUUGGUUGUGAUGAAAUUCUUCUCAUAUAUAUAUAUAUAUAUAUACAUUUGAAUCUGAUCAAAAAAUAUUUGAAUAAAGAAGUAGAUGGAGAAGAUGAAUACACUUGUUGUAUCCAACUACUUAUCUAUGUAUUUAUCCAUACACA